AUGGGGAGGAGGCACCUGCUCUUGCUCCUGCCCUUUGCCCUAUGUGCCCUGGCACUGCUACUGACUACACAGGCAGCUGGGCCCCCACGGACACCCAGGGGCAACCGGACACAGGGUGCAGCAACACCUCGGCGAUCCUCCAAGCUGGUCAAGGAGCAACUGAACCAGACACUGGCUAGUACAUCUGCCUCUGCCAUACCAGCCAGUAGCGGGGGUAGCCAAGGGCGUGCUGGAGGUGGAGGUGGAGGUGGAGGGCCAGCAAGAGUGGCCUCCAGUGGCAGUGCAGGCAGUUCAAGCCCAGCAUAUGAUACGUGCAUGGGCUACUAUGAUGUGAGUGGGCAGUGGGACAAGGAGUUUGAGUGUAACAACAGCCAGAAGGAUUUCCGCUACUGUUGUGGCACCUGCAAUUAUCGCUUUUGUUGCAACAAGCGCUCUGAGAAGCUCAAUCAGUACAUGUGCCGUAAUAAUGGCCGGGGACCUACUACUGAUUCAAUGACUACUGCCACUAGUAAUGGUGGAUCUGGAGAUAUAUCCAAUGUCUAUGACCCAAAUGAGGACACCACUAAUGCCACCGUCUACAUUUCGUGUGGAGCCAUUGCCUUUGUUGUCAUUGCAGGCAUAUUUGCCAAGGUGGCCUAUGACAAGGCACGACAGCCCCCGCAGGAGAUGAACAUCCACAGGGCUCUGGCCGAUAUCCUCCGGCAGCAGGGACCAAUCCCCAUAGCACACUGUGAAAGAGAGACUAUCUCGGCUAUAGAUACCUCCCCCAAAGACAACACACCAGUCCGAACAUCCUCUAAAAACCACUACACACCGGUGCGCACCUCCAAGAGCAACCCAGGUCACUAUGGAAAAGAUUUUUAUCGAAGUGGAGGUCCAGAUUUCCAUAAUUUCAUCUCCUCCGGGUUUGUCACAUUAGGAAGAGGACACAGCAAGGAUGACCAAGAGCCAAAUUAUAAUCACCUGAUAUUAAGCAGCGCAAACCAGACACCUUCUAAUGAAAAGCCACGGAUGAACAGUAUUCUUACCUCUGCAACUGAGCCCUACGAUCUCUCCUUCUCCAGGUCCUUCCAGAACCUCUCUCACCUCCCGCCAUCCUAUGAGUCUGCGAUCAAGACUAACCCAAGUAAAUAUUCUUCCCUGAAGAGAUUAACUGACAAGGAUGCUGAAGAAUACUACUCAAGAAAGAGGCACCUUCCUGACUUAGCAGCAAGAGGGACUCUUCCUCUUAAUGUCAUCCAGCUAUCCCAGAAACAGACCAUCCAAAGGGAGCGGCCACGCCGUGUGAUGCGGGCCAUGUCUCAGGACCGAGUGCUGUCCCCAGAAAGGGUUAUGCCUGAGGAAUUCAGCAUGUCCUAUGAGCGGAUUCUCUCUGAUGAACAGUUGUUGUCCACUGAACGCCUGCACUCCCAAGACCCACUGCUAUCUCCAGAGCACUCAGGUUUUGGAGAGCAGUCUAUGUCACGGGCUUUGUCACACUCAGACGUCUUUGUUUCUACACCUGUCUUGGAUCGUUACCGGAUGACUAAGAUGCACUCCCAUCCCAGUGCCUCAAAUAACUUAUACAACACCUUAAGUAUGAACCAAACAUCUGCCAAGCGCCAGGCAUUCGCCUCCCGGCGGCACAACACAGUGGAGCAGCUACACUACAUCCCAGGACACCACCAUUACCGCACAGGUAGCAAGACAGAGGUGACUGUUUGA